AUGGGCGUGGCCCUGGUGCUGGGCACUGUGGUCCUCCUGUUCUGGCUGCUGACCAAAGGCCUGAGGCCCAGAGUAAAAGCUAACCCAUUGGAUUCAUCCUCCUCACUUAGGCUCAUCCUGGUGGGCAGAUCCAGCUGUGGAAAAAGUGCCACUGGGAACAGCAUCCUGUGCCAGCUCAAGUUUGAUUCCAGGAUGUCCGCCCAGGCAGUGACCAGGAGGUGCCAGCAGGGCACAGUCACGUGGAACGGGAGGAACAUCCUGGUGGAUGACACGCCCUCCAUCUUUGAGGCAAAGGCCCAGAACCAAGAGAUGUACAAGGACAUUGGGGACUGCUACCUGCUCUCGGCCCCAGGGCCCCACGUGCUGCUGCUGGUGACGCAGCUGGGCCGCUUCACUGCCCAGGACACGGUGGCAGUGAGGAGGGUGAAGGAGGUCUUCAGGGCAGGCGCCAUGCGACACAUGGUGGUCCUCUUCACCCACAAAGAGGACCUGGGGGGUGAGUCCUUGAAAGAGUACGUAGCCAACACAGACAACCUCAGCCUGCGGAUCCUAGUGCACGAGUGCGGGGGCAGGUACUGUGGCUUCAACAACCGGGCCACUGUGGAGGAGCAGAGGGUUCAGCUGGCGGAGCUGAUGGAUGUGGUGGAGAACCUGGAGGAGGAGCUCCAGGGCGCCUACUAUAAGAACAACCUCUUCUUGCAUGCACAGGAGCACAAGAGAAACAGGGGCGGCACCUCUGGGAUAGAGUACAGGCGCUACCUGGCCCAGGUAGAAGAGCAGGUUGAAAAGCAAAAGCGAGAGCUGAAGGAGGUGGAGAGUCACGGGCUGUCCAAGGCACUCUGCAGGGUGAAAAAGUGGAUCUGGUCUCACAUUGGGUUAUCUGCAUUUAUUGCGAUAUGCAUUUUGAUUUCUCUUGCCAUUUUAAUUAACUGUGGUAUUACUCAUUCACACUAAGCAUUUCCAACUGACUUCUACGAUUGGCUUUUUGUUUCCAGACUCGCCAUCUCUAUGUUUGUAAGAUACUUGAUUUGCUUUUUACUUAGUGUCAGGUUCAGUUUCUCUUCCUUGUAUCAGACAUGCCCAAGUGCUUACAGAGAAAUAAAACCCAAAGGAAAAAAAACA